GUAAAUACGUUCGAAUUCGUAAAACAAAACAGAAUGGAAAACAAAUAGACAUAUGGCAAAACUUAAUAAAGCCAAAGAAAAAAUAAGAAAAUUUUCUUCAACAAAACAUCUUAAAUCGGGCAGUAAACCGAUAAUAAAUGUAUCAUAUAAAAAAUUCUUGUAAUAUUUUAUAUUUUAAACAAUAUAUUUGAAAUAUCAAUGAUUCCUAAUAUUACAAUAAAAACAAUUAAUGUGGUAUUUGUUGUUCAGUAAGACAAAGGCUUGAAAAGUAGGUGUAAUUCUAGCAUCUGUGAAGUAAAUUGAAAACGAGGCAAGUGAUGGAAUGCUUUUGACUUGCUAAGGGUGUUUUACUCCGUGGUAAAAAUAUAGCCCAUUACUACAAAUUAAUGCUCUAUUGAGACACGAAUUCCCAUAUAGCUAAAUAUUUACACAAUAAAACAAGCGCAUACCAAAGUCAACUAAUCGCAAUAAUAAAGGAGACAUUAUUACGUAUUUUUUAAAUCAAGCCGAUAUCUUGGGAAAAAUACGCAAAAAAAACAAGUUUUGGUGAUUUUUAGCUUCUCCAGCUUAAAAUUUACUAUGACUAUUAAACCGAUUACACCAUCGCAGAAGCGGGUCGCUUCAGAUGAAAAGAAAGAAACAAAUAGCUCGAAUAGUCAUGGACAUGUUCAUGGAUCCCAUUCACAUUCACAUGGUCACACUAUAGUUGAACCGAAUAGCAAUAAUGGUCAAAACAGUGGACGAACGAGUGCUACACAUGUUCAAUGUCGGGCUGGACAGAGUCCCCAACGGCGUGCCGAAUCUUUCGACGAUAUGAACCGCCACCGUCGGAGUCCUCAUAAAAGUUCGCGUUCGAAACGUCGGGAGCAUCACGAAAUUUUGCAAAAACGAGAAAGAGGAGAAAGAGAAAAACUGUCAGCCAUUAACAUUUCAAAUAAUUCCAUUUCUAAUAAAUGUGGUAGUCCUCAUGCACACAGUGGCGUUUUAUCAGGAACUGCAACAGCAAUCAAUGCAGUUAACAAUUCCACUGGGAAAAGUGGACUUGGAUCUAGUAGUCCGACUCAGUCAACAAGUACUGGAGGAAAUUCUCCUGACCAUUUGGCUGCCAUUCCCGUUGUACUUGGUUGUCAGAGUCCAAAAUCAGCAGCAUCCAUAACUCAAGUGACUGGUAAUUUAAUUAAAGCAGUCGAAGAAACAUAUUCCGGUUACAACAGUGGAGAUGAACACCUGCAGCCCAAAGAAAGUGCUAUUUCUGCAGAUGAGUGGCAACAACGUGAUGAUCAGUUUGCAAAAUGCAUGGCAGGACGAGGCUAUGAGCUUCGGUCAGUAGAAGAAGACGGUGCUUGUUUAUUUAGGUCCAUCUCUUUGCAAAUUUAUGGCGAUGAGGAUAUGCACGACGUUGUUCGCCAACAUGUCAUGGACUAUAUUUGCAAAAAUCGGGAAUACUUUUCUCAAUUUGUUACAGAAGAUAUAAACAGUUACAUUAAAAGAAAACGAAGAAAGGAUUCCCAUGGUAAUCACAUUGAAAUACAAGCCAUGUCAGAGAUUUAUAAUCGCCCAGUGGAGGUUUACUGCUAUAAGUCAACUCCCAUAAAUAUAUUUAAUUCAGAGCAACUGAAUAAAGGUUAUGCACCACUACGGUUAUCCUAUCAGCGCGGUUCUCAUUACAAUGCAAUCAUUGAUCCAUACGAUGCAACUGUAGGUGUUGGCUUGGGUUUGUCUGGUCAUAAGCCAGAAUUGCAAACAAAAGAAGCGGUACUGUUGAGUGAGCAAAUGGAGAUCGAACAGACUAUGUUUGAAGAUAAACUGAAGACAACUGAUUGGGAAGCUACAAAUGAAGCUAUAGAAGAACAAAUCGCACGCGAAUCUUACUUGCAAUGGUGUCGGGAAAAUUUGCAGAAAAAUCGUGCCCCCACUACUGCUGCAUCUACUUCGGCAACUGUGACUUCUGCUGAAGCUGCCUCAGAUUCUGAAGCAUCACCAUCAAAAUAUUCUAUACAGCGCAAUAAGCCGAGUAGUUUAAGCAUUACUACCACAAGUAAUUUUAAUAACAAACUUACGCAUACUGUUGUUUGUAAAGCACCACAAACCGUUACAAAGGUAAAUACCUUUGAGGAGAAUUUAAAUGGUAUUGUUGAAUCGGCCCAUCUGACCAACAAUUCAAACUCCUCCCCUCCUUUGGAGGCAUCAAAUUCAUUAACACUUGGUGCAAAUAUCAUUUCAACCUCUCCACUUUCCAUCGGCGAGCGUGAACUAGAUAGUGAUGAUACAGAUAUGAGUAGUACCAGUUCCUUAGGAGCAAGUAGCAGCGCUAGUUGUAAAAUCAAAUCGAAAGCACUUAAUAAGCGAAGUGUUACUUUGCGGAUAGCUGGAAAGAAACGACGUUGUGAGUCUAACUCUAUAAAAAAAGGAAAAAGUGUCGUGGUUACUAAUCGCAUUGUUGGAAAAAGCCCUAAGAAUGAAAAUGAGGAUGUGAUGCAGUUGACAAAAGUCCAAUCACGGUCACAAACACCAGAGGCCGAGCAACAACCUUGCACAUCAAAACAAUCGUGCGCCUCUACAUCUGAAAAGAAUUUGCAAAAUGUUCGUGAUAGUAGUGUAGAUAUGCUAUCAGCUUCAACUUCAAAAUGUACCUUGCCUUCGUGUACAUCAACGUCUCCGAAAUUAAUUCAAUCAGUCAACGAAGAAUUAUCUUCAAACUUUUAUCAAGAGCUUUUGGAAGCUUCAUACGCUGCAGACGGUUUUGGGCAGUUAAGUGAAUCCGAAAUGCUUCAACGUGCUAUACAAUUAUCCACCCAAGACUACAUCGAUGAGCAGAAGAGAAAAUAUUUGUUUGGGCCAUAAGUUACAUGAAUACAAUUAUAGCAUGAUGUAAUCAAAAAGUUUUUCUAAAACGGUUUGAAUGAUUGUAGGCGUAAACCAAAAAUAAUUAGUACAUAAAAUAUAUCAUUAAUCGUUGGCGAAUUGAGUUCCAAUGAAAUAAAAUAUAAGCAAAUAAAAAUAUUCAAAUGAAAUAUAAAAUCUAUGAAAUGCUAUAUGAAUUUUUUUGUAAUUAUUUUUUGUAUUUGUUUUGAGAUGUACUUUGAAUAUAUGCUAUUAAUUUCAAGCACUUUGCAUUACUUUAAAGCUUUUUUAAAUAAAGAAUUGAAUUUUUUUCGAACAAAU